AUGGACAGCAGCUUCGGCCGCCGGAGCAACAGCCAUGGCGGCGUGGACGGCGAGUGGCGGCGCUGGGCGGUGCUGGUGGCGACGGUGUGGGUGCAGGCGCUGACGGGGACCAACUUCGACUUCUCGGCCUACUCGUCGGCGCUCAAGGCCUCCAUGGGCGUCUCCCAGCAGUCCCUCAACUACCUGGCCACCGCCUCCGACCUCGGCAAGGCGUUCGGCUGGUCCUCGGGGCUGGCGCUGCUCUACAUGCCGCUGCCGGCGGUGCUGCUCCUGUCCGCCGUGCUCGGCCUCGCCUCCUACGCCCUCCAGUACGGCAUCCUCCUCCCCUCCUCCACGCUCGCCGCCAGCCUCCCCUACCCCGCGGUGUUCUUGAUCUGCCUGGCAGCAGGGUGCAGCAUCUGCUGGUUCAACACGGUCUGCUUCGUGGUCUGCAUACGCAGCUUCUCCGCAGCCAACCGCCCCCUGGCCCUCUCCCUCUCCAUAAGCUUCAACGGGCUCAGCGCUGCCUUCUACACCCUCUUCGCCAACGCUCUCUCCCCUUACUCACCAUCCGUCUACCUCCUCCUCAAUGCCAUCCUCCCCCUCGCCGCCUCCAUCAUUGCGCUCCCAGCGAUCCUCCUCUGCCACCCACAUGAUCACAGCAGCCUCCGCACUUUGCCAAAGCAUGACAGGCGUGUCUUCCUCUGCUUCUACACCAUCGCAUUUGUCACCGGCAUAUAUUUAGUGACCUUCGGUUCUGUCACUACAACCAGCUCUGCUGCAAGGGCCGUCCUCAUGGGCGCCAUGGCCCUCCUCACACUUCCUCUCAUCAUCCCUGCCGCCUCGAGUUGUUCUAGUGUGGGCACACAUGAUCCUGACACUGAAUUGACAUUCAACCACAACGAUCCACAGAAGCCGCUCCUUCUCAACCAUGAUGACCACACGGAGACCAACGGCAGCAUGGCACAUAAAACAGUGGAAUGGCAGCCCAAGGGCUGUUGCUGUGGGACGAUACUGGACAAGGGCUGUGUGUUAGUUCUUGGUGAGGAGCAUAGUGCAAAGAAGCUCAUCCGGUGUGUCGAUUUUUGGCUCUACUACACAGCGUACUUCUGUGGUGCCACUGUUGGGCUGGUGUACAGCAACAACUUGGGGCAGAUUGCCCAAUCGUUGCAAUGUCAACCACAGCUCACCAUGCUUCUUGCAGUUUACUCCUCUUGCUCCUUCUUCGGUCGCCUUCUCUCUGCACUCCCUGACUUCCUUCACAGCAGGAGGGUGUCAUUUGCUCGGACAGGGUGGCUUGCGGUGGCGUUGGUGCCCAUGCCAGUGGCUUUCUUCUUAAUGUGGAAAUUGCACGAUGUAAACACUCUGAUAGCAGGAACGGCGUUAAUUGGCCUAAGCUCAGGUUUCAUCUUCGCUGCGGCAGUGUCCGUGACAUCCGAGCUCUUUGGACCAAAUAGCAUCGGUGUGAACCACAACAUCCUCAUCACCAAUAUCCCUCUUGGCUCACUCCUCUACGGACAGAUUGCCGCCCUGGUAUAUGAUGCAAAUGGACUAAAGAGUACGGUACUGGACAACCUCACUGGCACGGUUGAUACCAUGAUAGUGUGCAUGGGUGCGAAGUGCUACUCAAACACAUUCUUUGUGUGGGGUUGCAUCACAGUGCUGGGCUUGGCAUCAAGCAUAGCCCUAUUCUUGAGAACAAGACAGGCUUACGCUACUGCUGCUGGUCAAUCUAGUUGUAAGCACCAUAGCCAAGUUUUGAGUUGA